AUGGCCAUUGCCAUGGACACCGGUGGGCAGGGAGUUAACUCGCAGUUACUGGAUGACUACUACAGAGCGAAAGAUUCGACCGAAAGCCACGAGGUAGAGACUCGCGUCCAGAAGCUGAUCUCACUCUCCAGGAGCCGCUCUCCGAGUGCUCAAAAAGAGAAGAAAGAAAGAGGAAGAGCCGACCCCAAGGAUGGGAAAACUAAGAGGGAGAGGGAGAAGUCGGAGAAGCAGAGCAAGCCGAAGGCGGAGGAAGAGGCUCACGUUCUGGGCGCUUGGCUCCAGGAUGCGCACGUCCUGGAGCUCCUCAAGCUGCACGCAGAUGGAAAGAAGAAGGGCAGCGUACCCCAGACGAAGGCCACAGACAAGGGCACUGGCAAAAGGAUGCCAGCAGCGGAGCCAAAGCAUGAUGCCGGCAUGGCAAUGGCGACAGAGUUCACGGCCCUGAAGGGCUUGGUCCAGAAAGCCGAUGCUUCCGAGCUCUCCGCACAGCUGGCUCGAGCACCCUUGGCCUGGGAGUUCCUCUUGACCUUCGGAGCAAAGAAGCCCUUCUACAGGUCGCACCUCUGCCAAGUGGUCGAGGCCUUGCUGGCACAGCCCAGAUGGCGGGAGGUUUAUGCCAGCAGCCAGGAGCUGCAAGAGAAGGCUGCCGAUCCCGUGCUUCAUGCGGACAUCAAGAAGGCCUUGGCUACGGUGCCAGCGGCACCCGCAGCCGCAGCCGCUGCCAAGAAGGAGGAGAAGCAACGAGCAGGUCCGAGCAAAGACGUCGAGUGGCCGAGCUGGGAAGUGCUCCAGGAGGUGGUACAAAAGGAGACCUUCAUGGCUGCCAACGAGGAGUUUCGGGUUUUGAGGCUAGCUGUGCUUGCGGCAGAUCCCGUGCAACUGGCCAGUCAGGUGGCGCACGCGCCAAUGGUGUGGGAGUUCAUCGCCGGGUUCGCCGCGAAGAAGUCACACUUCAGGUCCCAGGUGGUGGAAGUGACCAGUGCUUUGCGGAAGGAACGUGGCUGGGAUGAAGCUCUCGAGGCCUUCUUGCAGGUGAAAUGCAGCAGUUGCAACGAACGAUGCACGUUGCACGACACGAACUCGAAGACGCAAGAUGAUGCCACUUCCUGCGAGAUCUCCUUCCCUCUCCAUGAGUGGACUGCGAUGUUGCAUAGGGCAGCUGGGUCGUGGAGAAUUCGCCCCAGUCGCCGUUCUGAGAUUCCGCUGCAGGCUGCCCAGCCUUCCCUGCGCAGCCGCAUCAACGAGUUGCCUGAAGCGGCUGCAGCGGUAGAUCCUGACGCCUCAGGUCGUGCCGACCAAUCUCCUGCAGCUUCUGGUGGAGACUCCAGUCUGGGCGAUGUCGGCGAGGAGAGCCCAGAGCUGACAGUGGCCUUCAUGACCUUCAGGCCAGCUCAGGAAAGCAGUGGCGAAAACGUGGGCUGCGUGGGAAGCUCGCCGGCAGACGUCGGGCCCGACUACUACGAGGAGUCUUACGGCUGCUCUUCGCUGGACGUGUGCAAGACCAAGUGCAUCUACAACGUGAAAUGUGUAGGCAUCGAGUACAGCGAGGGAGACGACGGCCGCUGCAGGGUCUGGACCCGCCAGGAGGGCAUCGGAGGAACGGUCCCCUUGACGAACUACGUUUGCCUGCAGUACGGCCACAACUUGACCUCAGGUGAGUAUUGCUGGAGCUUCUUGCGGGUCGAGGGCAAUGGUGGGCCGGGGACACCGGACAAGUACAAGUGCCUCGAGGCGCAGACAUUCGAGGUUGCAAACAUCAUUGACUACGGCCGAAUCCUGACGCUGUACUGGGCAGUUCGGGCUCCUGAUGGAGCCACAUUUGCGCUUUACUAUUCCGUCAGCUACCUCCUGGACUGUAUAGACGGCUACGCAGCACGUGCCCUCAACCAGGAGUCUCGCUUGGGCUACUACUUAGACAUGGUAAUUGACCGCGUCUCUUCCUGCUUGUGCCUGCACUUUGCCGCCAAAUCCGUUCUCGAAGGUCGGACAUGCUUUGGAGCCAGCGCGGCCCCCAUCGUCGCAGCCAUUCUUCGAAGCCUCAUUGUGUUGGUGGAAAUUGUGGCUCACGUUUCCGUCAUGUUCCUCUCAGAAGUUCUUGGCGUUCACCAAAAGCAGAUGGGGUAUGACUACACCAUCGUGCGGAAAUACUUGAGCGACAAGAGGUACUUGUUCUGGUCCUGCCUCAGCUUCGAGCUGUUUGGGCUCAGCCUGAUCGUCAACGCGACCCCGGUGGUUCUCAUCAGCCUGCCCGGCUUCAUUUUCCGUGCAGCGGCCAACAUCUGCCGGUUAAUAUCCAUUCUGACGAGAAAGGAGUCCAGGAGAUGGACGGAAGAGGAGGACGCCCGGCAGUCGUCUCGAGAGAAAGUGCGACGAGGCUCUUCCGACAGGCUUGGCAACCACCGUGCAGCUAGCCCGGAGGGCGCACAGGUCGUCCGCAGAAAGCGCAGCAACGAGAGCACGCAGGCAUCUGCAGAGAAGGAGCCUGCGCAAUAG